ACACCCGAUAUUUUUCAAUCUACAACACUCUAACAGCCAUUGAUCAAACAAUCACUAAUCCAACGGUGCGUGACACAUCUUACCCGAACCACCCCCGUCACCCUAGCAAUCCAAAUAAAUAUUAUCCUUGUUUCACUCCGGAUGAGAGUCCCCUGAACCGUAUGGAGUUGCGUGUACAAAUAAUAAUCAAAGUAGUUUAAACAACAUAUAAUACACUCUCCGCCUGUUAUCAUCCCCAUCUCAUCGCUCCGGUCGCCGGAAUAUUCAUUUCCGAACAGUAAUCGGAGCUCUUCUAUCCUGCUCCGGCCAGUUAGGUGACUGGAAUAUUUGAUUUUGAACAGAAAUCCCACUUGUUUUGUACUGCUCCGGUGAGUUAGAAUUCUUUGUUUGCAAUCAUGGCGGGGGCUUUGGUGCAAUCUACCAGCUUUCCUUCUGCAGUUUCAAGUGAAAGCAAGGUCCGUUCAAAGCGAUCUGGUAACACAAAAAGAGCAGUCAAGAUGAUGUCGGGCUUACAAGCUCCUCCAGUGCGGGUGCGGACUUUUUCCGGUUUGCGAGGAGUCAACGCUUUAGACAACAUGGUAAACAGAGGCCAGGAUUUCCACUCAAAAGUCGCAAUAGCCACCUCAGUUCGGAGAGCAAAGCCUUGUAGAAUUGUACCAAAGGCCAUGUUUGAACGCUUCACAGAGAAAGCAAUUAAAGUAAUUAUGCUUGCACAAGAGGAAGCACGACGACUCGGUCACAAUUUUGUGGGUACAGAGCAGAUUUUAUUAGGUCUUAUCGGUGAGGGCACUGGCAUUGCAGCAAAAGUGCUGAAGUCAAUGGGAAUUAACUUGAAGGAUGCACGUGUUGAAGUGGAAAAAAUUAUUGGUAGGGGUAGUGGAUUCGUUGCUGUAGAGAUUCCAUUCACUCCUCGUGCCAAACGUGUACUGGAAUUGUCACUAGAGGAGGCGCGUCAACUUGGUCAUAAUUAUAUUGGAUCAGAGCACUUGCUUCUUGGUUUGCUUCGUGAGGGUGAAGGUGUAGCAGCUCGUGUUCUUGAGAAUUUAGGUGCAGAUCCAAAUAACAUCCGCACACAGGUGAUCAGGAUGGUUGGUGAGAGUGCCGAAGCAGUGGGUGCUGGAGUUGGUGGUGGGACCUCUGGUAAUAAGAUGCCAACACUGGAGGAAUACGGUACCAACUUGACAAAGCUAGCGGAGGAGGGUAAGCUGGAUCCGGUUGUUGGAAGGCAGCCACAAAUUGAACGCGUUACCCAAAUUCUGGGGCGGCGUACGAAGAACAAUCCCUGCCUCAUCGGAGAGCCUGGUGUCGGAAAGACCGCCAUUGCAGAAGGCCUUGCACAAAGGAUUGCAAAUGGUGAUGUUCCAGAAACGAUCGAGGGGAAGAAGGUGAUUACUCUGGAUAUGGGUCUCCUUGUUGCUGGCACGAAGUACCGUGGGGAGUUUGAGGAGAGACUAAAGAAGCUCAUGGAGGAAAUCAAGCAAAGUGAUGAAAUUAUUCUCUUUAUUGACGAGGUCCAUACGUUAAUUGGUGCUGGAGCAGCAGAGGGGGCUAUUGAUGCUGCUAACAUCUUGAAGCCUGCUCUUGCUAGAGGAGAAUUACAGUGUAUUGGGGCAACGACCCUUGAUGAGUACCGAAAGCAUAUUGAGAAGGACCCAGCACUGGAGAGACGGUUCCAGCCCGUAAAGGUACCUGAGCCCACAGUUGAUGAAACCAUACAGAUUUUGAAGGGUCUUCGAGAACGAUAUGAAAUUCACCACAAACUCCGCUACACCGAUGAUGCACUGGUAGCUGCUGCCCAGCUCUCAUAUCAGUACAUUAGUGACCGUUUUCUGCCUGAUAAAGCUAUUGACUUAAUCGAUGAAGCCGGUUCUCGUGUUAGACUUCGUCAUGCACAACUCCCAGAAGAAGCUAAAGAGCUUGAGAAAGAACUUAGGCAGAUAACAAAAGAAAAGAACGAGGCAGUUCGUGGCCAGGACUUUGAAAAGGCUGGGGAGUUACGGGAUCGGGAAAUGGAUCUCAAGACUCAAAUAUCAGCUCUUAUAGACAAAAACAAAGAGAUGAGCAAAGCCGAGACAGAGGCAGGAGAGGAGGGCCCCACUGUAACCGAAGCAGACAUUCAGCACAUUGUCUCAUCAUGGACCGGUAUACCUGUGGAAAAAGUCUCCACAGAUGAAUCAGACCGUCUCCUCAAAAUGGAAGAAACACUCCACACACGAAUCAUCGGUCAAGAUGAAGCGGUCAAGGCCAUAAGCCGUGCCAUCCGCCGUGCCCGUGUUGGACUCAAAAACCCGAACCGCCCCAUCGCCAGUUUCAUCUUCUCUGGACCAACCGGUGUUGGUAAAUCUGAACUCGCGAAAGCUUUGGCCGCGUACUACUUUGGCUCAGAAGAAGCCAUGAUCCGGCUCGACAUGAGCGAGUUCAUGGAGAGACACACCGUCUCAAAGCUCAUCGGUUCACCUCCUGGGUACGUUGGUUACACAGAGGGUGGUCAGUUAACUGAGGCGGUCCGCCGCCGCCCUUACACCGUCGUCUUAUUCGACGAAAUCGAAAAAGCUCACCCCGAUGUCUUCAACAUGAUGCUUCAAAUCCUUGAAGACGGAAGGCUGACUGACAGCAAAGGACGAACUGUUGACUUCAAGAACACACUUCUAAUCAUGACUUCAAACGUUGGUAGCAGCGUAAUCGAAAAAGGCGGCCGGAGAAUCGGGUUUGACCUUGACUAUGACGAGAAGGACAGCAGCUACAACAGAAUUAAGAGCCUGGUGACCGAAGAACUUAAGCAAUAUUUCAGGCCUGAAUUCUUGAACAGGUUAGACGAAAUGAUUGUGUUCAGACAGUUGACCAAACUCGAAGUCAAAGAGAUUGCUGAUAUAAUGUUGAAGGAAGUUUUCGAAAGGCUAAAAGGAAAGGAAAUCGAGCUUCAAGUGACUGAGAGGUUUAGAGACCGGGUUGUGGAGGAAGGGUACAACCCGAGCUAUGGUGCAAGGCCGCUUAGACGGGCAAUCAUGAGGCUACUGGAGGACAGUAUGGCGGAAAAGAUGCUUGCACGUGAUAUCAAGGAGGGCGAUUCUGUCAUUGUCGAUGUUGAUUCUGAUGGUAACGUGACGGUUCUGAAUGGUAGCAGCGGUGCUCCACCUGAAGCAUUGCCGGAGCCGAUCUCAGUGUAGAAAGGAAUCUUUCAUCCUCUAAACUUAAGUCAAAUAUGUUGUUUGUUAUGUCUAAUUGAAUCUGCAUGCACAGUCAAAGGGUCGUAGAUGUUUAAGCUAUACAAUAUAUUUAAGAACUCCUAGAGUGUAUUUUUGUUUUAUCUAUGGAAACUAAAUUGUGUACUUUUCAGGCAAAUGAAUCCGAAAACCUAAAUAUUUGGGAUGGUUA